AUGGCUUUAGGGAGGAGACACUCCUUCACUCCACGGCUGAGCAGCCCUCUGAUCAGCAGGAUGAGCAGCAGUGGAUCUGUGGAGAGCAGCCGCCCUCCUAAGAUCGGCUCGGUGGUAGAAGUGACGGGGAAGGGCCAGCGCGGCACCGUGGCCUUCAUCGGCGCCACAUUUUUCGCUUCUGGGAAGUGGGUCGGAGUGAUCCUGGACGAGGCCAAAGGCAAGAACGACGGCACGGUCCAAGGAAAACGCUACUUCACCUGUGAAGAGAACCAUGGCAUUUUUGUCCGCCAGUCACAGAUCCAGGUGGUGGAUGACGGCUCAGCUGCUACUUCUCCAGAUACGUCUGAGUCCAGCUCCUCCAAGCUCCCGCGACAGAGAGCAGACAAAGAGAUUCCAGAGACUCCCAGAACGAGCAAACAGACCCCUGCAGGCAUUAAGAAGCCCUCCUCUACCUCUGCCCGCCGCUCCGUCAAGCUGAGCACCCCUCGCCUGGUCCCUGCCUCCUCCCUGCCCUCCCUCCUGCGUCCCCCAGGGCGCUCAAGCCUCUCCAGGACGGCGUCCCGGGAGAGUCUGUCCUCGUCCCACUCAGACAUUAGCGAGGCGGCUCAGACAGCUCCAGCCACACCUACCCCAGCCACUCCUGCCCCAACCACACCUGCCCAGGUGUCUGUGACCGCCACUCCCAGCAAGGUGGAGCUGGUCCAGUCCGUUCAGGAGGAGGAGAGUUUGCGUUCUCAAGUGAAGGACCUGGAGGAAAAGUUGGAGACUCUCAAGAUGAAGCGAAACGAGGACAAAAUGAAACUGAAGGAACUGGAAAAACACAAGAUCCAACUGGAGCAGCUGCAAGAGUGGAGGAGCAAGAUUCAGGAGCAGCAGACGGACCUACAGAGGCAGCUGAAGGAGGCCAAGAGGGAGGCCCGUGAAGCGCAGGAGGCCAAGGACCGUUACAUGGAGGAGAUGUCCGACACGGCGGACGCUAUCGAGAUGGCGACUCUGGACAAGGAGAUGGCAGAAGAGCGAGCAGAGUCCCUGCAGGUGGAAGUGGACUCCCUGAAGGAGAAGGUGGAGGAGCUGUCCAUGGACCUGGAGAUCUUGCGCCACGAGAUCUCCGAGAAGGGGUCUGAUGGAGCUGCAUCCAGUUAUCACGUCAAACAGCUGGAGGAGCAGAACGCCCGUCUGAAGGAGGCGCUGGUCAGGAUGAGAGACCUGUCGGCCUCAGAGAAGCAGGAGCACCUGAAGCUGCAGAAACAGACAGAGAAGAAGAACAAUGAGCUGGAGACACUCAGGGCCCAGAAGGACAAGCUGUCAGAGGAGCUGAGGCAAGCGGAGGCCACCACCGAGGAGCUGAAGGAGCAGGUGGAUGCGGCCCUGGGCUCAGAGGAGAUGGUGGAGACUCUGACUGAGAGGAACCUGGACCUGGAGGAGAAGGUCCGAGAGCUGAGGGAGACGGUCACUGACCUGGAGGCCAUCAACGAGAUGAAUGACGAGCUGCAAGAGAACGGCCGUGAGACGGAGAUGGAGCUGAGGGAGCAGGUGGACCUGAGCGUGGCCAAGGUCCGAGAGGCCGAGAAGAGAGUGGAGGCAGCUCAGGAAACUGUGGCGGACUAUCAACAGACCAUCAACAAGUACAGGGAGCUGACAGCACAGCUGCAGGAGGCGAACCGUGAGUUGGUCUCUCAGCAGAACACCAACGUGGAGCUGGUGCAGCAGACGCCUGCAGAACUCUUUGACUUCAAGAUCAAGUUUGCGGAAACCAAAGCGUACGCAAAGGCCAUAGAGAUGGAGCUGAGGAAGAUGGAGGUGUCUCAGCUGAACCUGCAGGUGGCGCUGCUGUCCUCCUUUAUGCCUGACUCCUUUGUGCGACACGGAGGAGACCACGACUGUGUCCUGGUGCUCCUGCUGAUCCCCCGCCUCAUCUGCAAGGCGGAGCUGAUCAGUAAACAGGCUCAGGAGAAGUUUGAUCUGAACCACACGCUGGUGCCGGGCCCCCAGCUCAGGGGCCCCUCAGGAGAACAGCGCAGCUUUGCAUCAGGCCUCGUCUACUCUCUGAGUCUGCUCCAGGCCUCUCUGCACCGAUACCAGCAGGCCCUGGGCUGCUGCUCUGUGGACGUGUUCAAACGAAUGGGGACUCUGUUUUCUGAGAUGAGUUUUCAUGAACGUUCUCUGGAUCUGUUCAUCGACCUCCUGCACCGAGACCAGCUGGACGAGACUGUGCAGGUGGAGCCGCUCACCAGGACCAUCAAGUACUACCAGCAACUGUACAGUGUUCAUCUGUCGGAGAUCAGUGAGGACUGUACCCAGGAACUGAAGGACCACAUCCAGGUCACCGUGCUGGCCCUGGACUGCAUGGCUGUAGAGGUGUGUCGCCUCAGAGCCUUCCUCUCUGUGGGGCAGGAGAGCUCAGGGCUCAGUGUCCUCCUCAAGGACCUGGACACCUCCUGCUCCGACAUCAGACAGUUCUGUAAGAAGAUCCGCCGACGGAUGCCAGGGGCCGACGUCCCAGGGGCCCCAGCUGCACUGUGCUAUGGACCACAGGUCUCUGACAGUCUGAGCGAGUGCAGGAGGCAGCUGAGUCGGGUCCUGGUUGUGCUGCAGGAGGUGGCUGCAGCAGGAGCUCAGGUCAUUGCUCCUCUGCCGGAGAACGAGGGUCUGAGUGCCCUCAAGCUGGAGGACUUCCUCAUCAAAGCAGUGGAGCAGGUGUACGGCUCCCAGGAGCUGAGGCCCAGUGAUAGUCUGCAGCAGUCCUGCACCGCUGUCAUCGCCGCCAUGAACAAGAUGGCCACCGCCAUGCAGGAGGGCGAGUACGACGCUGACCGCCCCAUUGCUCCGACCCCCCCGGUGCAGCUCCGUGCUAAUGCAGUGAGAGCAGAGAUGACUGAUGCUGAGGGUCUGGGGCUGAAGCUGGAGGACAGAGAAACCGUCAUCAAGGAGCUCAAGAAGUCCCUCAAGAUCAAGGGGGAGGAGCUGAGUGAGGCCAGUGUCCGUCUCAGUUUGUUGGAGAAGAAGUUGGACACUUCCACCAGAGACGCAGACGACAGAGUGGAGAAGAUCCAGACCAGACUGGACGACCACAUGGUCCUGCUCAAGAAGAAGGAGAAAGAGUUUGAGGAGACCAUGGACGCGCUGCAAGCCGACAUAGACCAGCUGGAGGCCGAGAAGACGGAGCUGAAGCAGCGCAUCAACAGCCAAUCAAAGGUCACCAUCGAGGGCCUGAGAGCCGCGCCCAACGCAGGGAUCGCCUCCAUGGUCCAGGGAGCCUCCUCUGGUCUCCCCCCAGGCGUGGCUGGGCCCCUGCAGGUGGUGGACUCCCCUCUCCUCCGGCAGCAGGUGGAGGUCCAGAGACUCUGCAUCAAACACCUCAAGAACGAGAGCCACAGACUCAAGGCUGAGAAGAUGAGGGCUCAGCUGGCCUCCCUCCCCCCCCUGGUGCCCGCCAAGCUCCCUCAGACGACCUCCGACCCCUCCACGCCUCCAGGGGGCGUCAACACGGGCAUCUAUAGACGCACAGACCAGCUGCUCGCCACGCUGCUUAAGCUGAGCGCAGAGAUGAAGGUGGUGGAUGUGACCGGCAAGAGCUCAGUGAGUCCUGGUGCUCAGCUCCUGGAGCAGACCGCUCGGCUGCAGAACCUCAGCGACGCCCUGGACAAGCUCAGGGGCGAGGUGUCGGAGCAUGUGGUGUCUCAGCGUCCAGGAGCCAGAGCGGCCUCAGACUUCGCCACGUUCCCUCGCUCCACGUUUGUGAAGGCCAAAGAGGAGAAGCAGCAGGAGGGCACAGUGCUGCUGGGUCGGGUCCUGAUCCCCUGCUCAAGAGGACAGGAGCAGGUUCACAGGGUCGUCCUGAGCCAGGGACAGCAGAGACAGGUGCACUGUCUGCUCAGCGCCUGA